AGUGGGGUUCGCGGAAUGAGUAGCACGUAAACAAGAGAAUCUUGGGCCACGGUAGAUUAGCCAACGAAUCGGGUGGCCAGCGGCAGGAUGAUCAGACCCUUCGUCACGCUGCUCUACUUCCUGCUGACCAGUUCGUCCAUCGUCUUCACGGCCUGUGUAAAUAAUGUUACGGGCACUAGUUCUCCUGGUCCCGGUCCCAGUACUUCGCUGACGAGCGGGCAUAUCCACCGUACGGCGGCGGCCAUUGAAAGGGUUAAUCUGCUGUGGUGCUACGCCUGCCACACGAUGGAUGACGGAGAGGCCUGUGUGGAUGUGGCGGUCAAGAACGACACGACGCUGAUGAAGAAGUGCCAUGGCGAGGAGUUCAUAUGCAUGGUCAAGCGUUUCUCGUACACCACCAGCACGGAGAACUCCACCAGUUCGCCAAAGAUGUGGUCUUUAGAUCGACGAUGUGCUGCCAACUGCGAGCCCGGCUGCAUUAUCAUUGGCGAGCGGACCAAGCUCUAUGCCUGCACCUCCUGCUGCGAGGAGUCCUUCUGCAAUACGGGUCGGGGUGCUGCUUCCGGGAUCUUCCAUCGCGAGGACACGGGCAUUGGCACACGGCUCUUUUGGCUGGCUGCGCCAUUUUUGGUCAAUAUGUCGCUGGUGUUGUAUAAACGACAUGCCGGCCAUGUUCUCCUCAAGCUGCAAUAGCCCUGCGGGUCACACCUCACUGAAUUUAUGGGCACACAAAUGCUCUCGAAGAUGCUUCACACACUCAACUCAACUCCACUCAAUGCCAAAUCCUAGCUAAUUUUAGAUCUAUGUCUCCUGUAAUGUAGAUAGGCCAUCAUGUUGCCGUGUGAUAAUAAAAGCUGGCCUCGUCACUACAGCGAGCUCACACCCAACAAA